GGCUAUCACCCCCUGUGGGUUUCUUUCGGUCGCUGACGAAGCAAGGAGGCCCAGCACUGUAGGUGCCUGACGGUGCAAUGCAGGCAGCGAGAUGUGCGCUUCAGAGGUUCACCAGCAGGGCUCCUUCACAGCUGAGGCAGAUCCGACAGAUGUCCGGCGCUGUCUCACAUGAAGAGGAGAUCAAGCAGAUGUAUUUCUGGCAGAAGGUCUCACUUGCAGCCAUCCCAGUUUGCGUUGGAGUUGCUAUAUGGGACCUGUCUCACGCCCACGAGCACGACCAUGAUCAGAUCCAGUACCCCUACAUGCACAUCCGCACCAAGGACUUCCCGUGGGGAGCAUGCUCGCUCUUUGACACACACUGCUGGGAGGAGCAGAAGGGAGGCCACUCCGAGGAGUGAUGCGCUGGACAUGUCUACCUCUGUCUAGGGACAGACUUCAGUCUGUAGGAAGCAGUGGUGAAUGAGAGGCACCGGAACAAUCUCACCGGGAUUAGUUCUAUCACAAGGCCAGCAGCAUGACAAAGGCCUUGCAAACUCCUAUGUACGGGUUUUGUCUUCAAGCUGCGAUGGGGAAGUGGCCUGCAAUGCAAUUAAUUUGGAAGACGUGCAUGCUUGUAGCUACAGCGAACAUGCAAUCUUGAGAUGAGAUAGAGACAUUACACGCAUACAUUACGUCGCAUUGGCCUCUGACUCUCUCUAAAAGGGCAGACAUUAGACAUUCCGAGCUCCUCUAGAGUGCUCUGCAUGCAAAAAGGAGCCAAGGAGGCCUGUCUUGCAAAGAAUGCUAUUUAAUGGAGCGCAGCAAUUGCACAUGCGCCAUAUGUUCCAGACCGGUCCACAUCAAGAUGCUGCACAGCUGAUUGCAGCUUGGUUGUGACUGGUCUUGACUGGCAGUGCCGCUGUUCAAUACGGUGUUCAUCAAUGAAUAAUUGGG